UCAGCCAUGGAGCCGGAGGAGCCGGAGGAGCCGGAGGAACCGGGGUGGGGGCGAACCGGGGGGGCUCUGGGCGGGCGGGGGCUGCUGGAGCUGGCGGUGGCCAGCGGAGCGGCCGCCUGGGCUACCUGGGCCGUCCUGCUGAUGCCCGGUUUCCGACGGGUCCCCCUGCGGCUCCAGGUGGUAGAGGCUUAUAAGCAAGGUCUCAGACCAGCCGUUGGCUAUGAGCUCAACCCCUGGCUGCUGUGUCUCUCCAGCUACCGGGCCUGGAAGGCUGGGUACCACGGGAAGGUUUCCUUCCUGAAGAAAGAUCUGUGGAAGGUGAAUCUGUCUGAUUGCUACAAUGUCAUCGUGUUCCUGGCCCCCAGUGUGAAACCUCCCCUGGCCACCAAGCUCCUUGCCGAACUCCCCGAUGAAGCCCGGGUGGUGGCUGGACGCUUUCCCUUCCCCUCCUGGACCCCCACCAGCACCCUUGGGCAGGGGCUGGAGCAAGUCUGGGCCUAUGACAUGAAGGAGGUGCGGCGAGCGGCACAGAGCAGCGCAGAAAGCCCGGUCUAACUGCAGCCUCGUUAAGCCUGGCGUUGAGGGUCAGCAGCAGCAGGGAUCAGAGCCUCUCCAGCCCUUGGGCUCAGCUCAGGACAGCAGCGAGAGGGCUGCUUGGCCAGACUUUUUCCUGGGCACUUGCAGGGUGGCGGUCCCUCUGUUUUCCAAAGAGUGGGCGUUUGAGGGGAAAGCAAAGGAGGAGAAAAUCAGACCUAGAAAUCCUGGAAUUACUGCAGGAUUUAAGGGCUAAAUCUCCAGUGCCUCUUUCUGUACGUUUGCUAGUUUAUUUCUAGUUAAUUUUUCAAAAUAAACAUUUGGUUGGUUCUUC